CUUUCGCUUUGAAAGCGCAUCGUUCUCGGCGAAGCUGGCGAGCGGCGCUCUAGGUAGACGCGUCGACUGUCUGGCUACAGCAUCGUCGAUCUCGCGAGGCCGAUUGCACAGGUUUGCGGCGCGUUCACGAUGAGCUCGCGGGGCUCAUCGAAGACGUCCUGUAACGAGUCGCGUUCAGCUUAUCGGCACGUCUAUUUCCAGAGGCAACCGUUCUACGAUGUCCUGGCUACACUGCUCCCGGCGACACCCCUCAAGAGCUACGAACACUCGCGGUGCCACAAGAGUCUUCAGUUCGAGUUCUUGCCGCGUCACGUGGACGACAUCUCGACGUCGUCGCGUAACGCAGUAACCGGUUCGGAGUUCGGGGUGCAAGUGCAUCUCCGUUUAUGCUUAGAAGACCGGCGCGGCGCACAGGAGGAUAGCUACCCGGCCGAUUUGAAAGUGGAAGUGAACGAUGCGGCCUGCGCACUGCCGGCGUCGAUUUCUGUACAGGCGCCCGGCGGUGCGACCGUACGCGUAUGCCUGCCCGUCAACAUAGUCUCCUCCUGCCUUCUAUAUCCUCAUGUGGUAAACAAGGUUUCGCUGAGCUGGCAGCGCGAACGGGACCGCGAGUACGUCGUCGGCGUGUUCCUGGUUCGGAAGCAAUCGGCGGCCACGAUUCUUCGCGAACUGCAAGUGAGAAAGGCGCCGAGCAUGGACCUGACCAGAGAGCUGAUCAAGAAGAAAGUGCAGGAGCGAGCACGUGGUGGCGGCGAAGUCACGGUGACGGGUUUUCACGUUUCUCUCAUGUGCCCGCUGAGCAAGAAGCGAAUGAGCCUCCCGUGCCGCCCUCUCGGAUGCAAGCACAUUCAGUGCUUCGACGCGCUAACCUACUUGCAGGUCAACGAGACGCGGCCCACGUGGACGUGUCCCGUGUGUGGUCGGCGGCCCUCGUUCUCGUCGCUUUUCAUAGACCAAUUUUUUAUGCAUAUUCUCGAGAGAGUGCACGCUGACUGCGACAACGUCGUUUUCCACAAGGACGCCUCCUGGACCCCGUCGGCGCCGCCGAAGGAUGUCGUCCUAGCUGGCCAAGCCUCUUCGUCAUAUGCUAGCAGCUCCAAGGUGUCUUCGUCGUCCUCGUCUAACGAGCAGGAUGGGCGGCCUAACAAGCGGCGUAAGACAAAAUUUGUUGACCUCACCGUGGAUGUCAUUGACUUUACCGAAGACAGCGGGGACGAGGCGAAGGACCAUGAAGCUGGCGCUUGUCUUCAACAGGAGCCAGCAAGUACAGACGGAAUCACACUUGUCUAG